AGAUAUCGAGGGAGGAAGACAUCAUCAUUAUCAUUAAUCAAACCCCAGAUUUCGUCUCCUUAAGAAAUGCCGAUGGAGAUCUCAGUAGAUCUGAUAAACCAACUCAAGGUCUCGCUUCGAAAAGAGGCCAAGCUCUCCUCCUUCGAUCCCGUCGGCGAUAACUCAGACCCAUCUCUCUCCACCCUUCCCACAUCCGCGGAGGCAAUUGCAGAACUAGAUGCUUCGGCUCCGUACCUACGUUGCCGGAACUGCAAAGGAAAGCUUCUGCGUGGAAUCGAGUCUCUGAUCUGCGUUUUCUGCGGCAAUCAACAACGUACCAGCGAUAAUCCUCCUGAUCCCAUCAAGUUCACUUCCACUUCUGCUUACAAAUGGUUUCUCACCUCUCUCAAUCUCGAUGGAUCGGAGAUGGUAGAGCCGUUAAAGGAAACGAAUGGAUCAAGCAGAGGAGCUAAGGCACCUGUGGUUAAAGGAAUUGCUGUUUCUAAGUUUCUUGAUUUGGAAAUUCAGUGGUCUGCAACAGAGGAUAAGUCUAUAAACAGUGGAACACCUGAUGAUGAUGGACAAUUAGUGCAGAAUAGAUAUCCCCUGAAUUUGGGAGGAAUUAAUCUUGAUGAUAUUUUCGUUGAGGGAAGAGGACAUCUUUCAAAAGUGGAAUCAGCAGAGAGCAAAACCGUGGAUGAUGAUGAUGAUGAUUUUAAGGAUCCACGUAGUCUUAGCUUAUUCGAUAGUGUUAAGAGUCCGGGAGUUGUUAAGGGAAAAGAUGUCCAGAAUAAUGUUUCUUCUGAGGAACAUGAGAAUCUUAGUUUGUUUGCGCGACAAGAUGCUCAGGAGAAUGUUACUUUAGCAGCUCAGGGAAACUUUGGGUUCUUUGAGGAAAAAGAUGUUCCGAACUCUUUUAACGAUGAUGAAAACCUUAGUCUGUUUGGGGGAAAAGAUACUGAGAGAACUAGUUCUUCUAAGAAGGAUGAGAGUUUUGGUUUCUUUGAGGGUCAGGAUGCUCAGAGAAGUAGUUAUUCUAAAGAAGGUGAAAAUCUUUGUUUGUUUGAGGGAAAAGAUGCUCAGAGUUCUUCUAAAGAUGAUGAGAGUUUUGGAUUGUUUGAAGGUAAAGAUGCUCAGAGAAACAGUUCUCCUAAAGAUGAUGAGAGUUUUGGAUUGUUUGUAGGUAAAGAUGCUCAGAAAACUAGUUCUCCUAAAGAUGAUGAGAGUUUUGGAUUGUUUGAAGGUAAAGAUGCUCAGAGAAAUAGUUCUUCUAAAGAUGAUGAGAGUUUUGGAUUGUUUGAGGGUGCAUCAUCAAAGUCUUUUGAUGACAAGAUUGUUGCCUCGUCUUCUGAUUGGGAUUCUGACUUUCAAUCUGGCGGUCAUAAUCCUUCUCAGAAAAAGAUUUUUGGUGACCCGUUUGUAAAUUCUCUGGUUGAUUUGGCUGCUCAUAUGGACUCUGUAUUUGGUUCCGGAAAAGAUUUACUCUAUGCAAAACCGGCAGAUUCUUCGACUGCUUAUGUUUCCAAAGCUGGUGAUUGGUUGCAAGAUGAUUUAUUUGGUAAUGUCACUGGUGAGCACCAAAACAACGACUCAGCUGUCCAUGAUAAGAAUGAGGGACAGGUUGUGGGCGGUAAUGGAAGUUCAUCCAUGGAUAUGGAUAUUGAUUGGAUUGGAGAUGAUCUAUGGCAAACCAGUGAAAAGAAAUCCAUUGAGAAGACCCCUACAUAUGUCAAUGAUGAUGACGAUGACUGGAAUGAUUUUGCAAGCUCGGCUGAUUCCAAGACUCCUAAUAAACCACUUUCUCAAACCAUGGAAAGUUCCCAAGAAGAGAUUUUUUAUGGACAGGCGCAAGUCAAGAACGGUGUUAAAGAACAGAACGUAGAGGAGAAGCAGAAUACUGGUACAAGCGUGAUGUCUGACAUAGGCAAAGGACUAGAAGAUGAUCUCUUUGGAACUUGGGGUAGUUUCACAUCCCCAACCAUUCCGCAGGCGUCUAUGCAGCCUCCCACCAAUCAUGCGAAUCUAUCUGGUGAAAAAAAUCCGGAAAUGAACUUGUUUGGGGCAAAUAACAAUCACAGAGACCAGCAGCACGAAGAUGUCGGUUUUUUUAAGGCGAAAGAAGUCCAGAAUAAUGUUUCUUCUGAGGAACAUGAGAAUCUUAAUUUGUUUGCGCGACGAGAUGCUCAGGAAAAUGUUUCUUUAGCAGCUCAGGGAAACCUUGGGUUCUUUGAGGAAAAAGAUGUUCCGAACUCUUUUAAAGAGGAUGAAGACCUUAGUCUGUUUGGGGGAAAAGAUAUUCAGAGAACUAGUUCUUCUAAGGAGGAUGAGAGUUUUGGUUUCUUUGAGGGUAAGGAUGCUCAGAGAACUAGUUCGUCUAAGGAUGAUGAGAGUUUUGGUUUCUCUGAGGGUAAGGAUGCUCAGAGAACUAGUUCGUCUAAGGAGGAUGAGAGUUUUGGUUUCUUUGAGGGUAAGGAUUCUCAGAGAAGUAGUUAUUCUAAAGAAGGUGAAAAUCUUGGUUUCCUUGAGGGAAAAGAUGCUCACAAAACUAGUUCUUCUAAAGAUGAUGAGAGUUUUGGAUUGUUUGAAAAUAAAGAUGCUCAGAGAAAUAGUUGUUCUGAAGAGGAUGAAAAUUUUGGUUUGUUUGAGGGUGCAACAUCAUCAAAUGCUGACAUUAAGUCUUUUGAUAACAAGAUUGUUGCCUCGUCUUCUGAUUGGGAAUCUGACUUUCAAUCUGCUGAUCGUAAUCCUUCUCAGAAAAAGAUUGGUGGUGACCACUUUGUAAGUUCUCCGGUUGAUUUGGCUGCUCAUAUGGAUUCUGUCUUUGGUUCCGGCAAAGAUUUACUCUAUGCAAAACCGGCAGAUUCUUCAACUGCUUAUGUUUACAAAGCUGGUGAUUGGUUGCAAAAUGAUUUAUUUGGUAAUGUCACUGGUGAGCACCUAAACAACGACUCAGCUGUCCAUGAUAAGAAUGAGGGACAGGUUGUGGGCGGCAAUGGAAGUUCAUCCAUGGAUAUUGAUUGGAUUGGAGAUGAUCUAUGGCAAACCAGUGAAAAGAAAUCCAUUGAGAAGACCCCUACAUAUGUCAAUGAUGAUGAUGAUGACGAUGACUGGAGUGAUUUUGCAAGCUCGGCUAAUUCCAAGACUCCUCCGGAAAUGAACUUGUUUGGGGCAAAUAACAAUCGCAGAGACCUUGAUUUUGACAGCAUCACACGUUCUGAUUUAUUUUCUGAAAGUAUUGGCGGCAAAACUGACUGAGAGGAAGCCAAAGUCAUACCUUCUGGAACCUCUACCGUACACAGAACGAGUGAUCCUGAUGGUAGUAAAGAUCAAACAGUUGAUCUUGUUGUAGGCACAACAACAACAGCAGCUACCAAGUCAAAGAGUGAGGUUGCGGAGGAGCUGAUGUCACGGAUGCAUGACCUCUCAUUUAUGCUGGAGACCAAACAUUCUGUUUCUCCAAUCUCAAGACAGAGUAAUAUUAUCACAUUGUACUCUCCUAUCUCUCUUGUUUUUUUCCUGGGGCUUGGAGAUUGCUUGUUUUCACGUGUAUAUGUAUAUAUAUAUAUAUAUAUACUUCAUUCUCAAUAACUUGCAAAGGAUUCAGUUUUACUUGUUCUGUAGCCACAAGUAGUUUCAGUCUAGUGGUAUUUUCAUUUGGGUGUCGUGACCACAUAAGCAACUGAGACUUGUAGAAUUUGUUUGGAUUUCAGCUCAGUCUCUGGUUAUUAAAAAAGAACUUGGUUGCUCUG